AUGAAGUGGUUAUUCGUUUUGUGUCUUUUGUUGUUAUGUGGCGAAGCUUUAUCAAAUUUCACUUUUACCUACGACAUGGCAAUGCGCUGUAAGGAGUAUUUAUGCCAGCAUGGGUACAGCUACAAAACCUACUUCAGAACGGACGCCGUGGACCGGAAACAGGCUAAGACGGAUUCCAGCGUGGUCUUUGAGAUGCAUCUGGCAAUUUUAGCAGCCAGCAACGGACAUAUACUGCUUUCGUCUGUGCCUUCGCCUUCUAGCGAUCCAGUGUAUGAAAUCGUUAUUGGUGGUGGUGCAAAUAAGUUUACAGAACUGCGGAGAAAUUUGAGAAGAAACGCGAAAGCAUCAGCCAAAACCCUCGGAGUGCUUUCUCCAGUCGAAUUCAGAGCUUUUUACAUCAGAAUAUCAGAAGAUGGGUUGAUAGAAUUCGGCAAAGAAGGCGACCCACUCCCGAUACUGACUUAUAUGGACUUGGAUCCUAUUCCAGUGAAGUACUUUAGCUUUGCCGCAUGGAACGGCGUUGAAGCUAAGUUUCUUUACGAUUGUCCCCUACCGAGCAGCAAUGCAUCUGGAGAUGCAAAUGAAGUUACGCCAAAUUCAGUACCGGUUGAUCCAAAACUAUCUAAUUCGGAUAAGCUCAAACGAACCCUGCUGAUGGGCAGAGAUCCAGCGAUACCGCCCAGCCCAGAAGUAGCAGUGAGCCUCGGAGUUAGAAUCAAUAGUAUCUCCUACGAUGCGUUUGAAUCGAAACUAACGACAGGUGUAUCCGUCGUGAUGAACUGGACUGAUGAGAGCAUGGCGUGGGAUCUUAACAAAUUCAAUAACGUCACAAGUCUUAACUUUCGUCAAGGACAAAUAUGGAGUCCUGCUUUUUACACAUUUAAUUCCGACUCAGUUAACAUGCUGGACGCGAAGAAUCCAGAAUUGAUAACAAUGAUUAAUACUGGCGUGGCGACGUACCACAUGCAGACAACCAUCAACACGUGGUGUUUCGACUAUGUUACAACGAUUACAAAGUGGCCCCGUGAUGAGUACCACUGCGCUAUUGUAAUAGAACCCUGGCAAGUCCACGAGAAAAUAUCACUGAAACGUCUCGACCAAACCAGUUCAGCAAUGAAGGCUUUCGAACAACUAGAUGAGGUGAUACAAAAUGUCUGGGAGACGAGCUCGUCACAGUACAUCGUCAGCGCCACUUCCUGGAACCAGAUGUAUGCUUCAGACGACAAUAGCACCCAUCAAAGUGACAGAUUGGUAAUCAAAGUGGGCAUCAAGCGGCGUGCGACAGCCUACAAUAUCGUUUUCUAUACACCCCUGUUAGUGCUUGUAACAUUUGUUCUGAUGUCGUUCUGGACUGAACCUCUCAACCUGAAUAGAGUAUGGUUUUACGCAAGUUGUACUAUUAUUAUAUGCAUGGGUUUGUGCUAUAUCGACUACUUAGUACCUUGCCAUACAGUACCCACUAUAUUGAUCCUGUACACAACAGUUUUAGGCGGAGUCCUGUUCGCAUUGCUAAUGCAAGUGGCACUAAUGACGUCACUCGGCGAGCGCUUCUGCCGGACCAUUGUUAUGCAAAACGUUUUAACGGCUCAAUGGUUCAGGUCUCUGUUCUGUUUGCCGCCUUUGAAGGACUGCCGCGUAUACGACGCAAUAAAUGAAGGCUACCUACCCCAGGAGGAUGAAAUUCCCACAACCAGGAACGUGGAACAGAUGGAGAAAGAGGAAGUCCCGAACAGUGAACAAAGGGAGAUAGCCGAAGUGUUCGAUAAGACUAUGUUUACUAUCUACUCUGUGGCCUUCGCUGUUAUGCUGGGGUUACACUUUUAG